CACGACGGCGGGGUGGGCGUUUGAGUUCAAACUCCAGCAGCAGAGUAGAGCCAACACUUGAGAGAACUAUGGCUCUGCGAUACGUUUGCGUGCUGGUCCUGGCUGCUGUGCUGCUGCUAGGUGUUGUCUCCACACCGAAGGGCCUGAAGGACAAGGAGCCUCAGAGGGCCCCGCGAAUUCCUCCUCAUUUCAGCCAAGAGGAGAGCUUCAGGAUGAAGGAAACGCUGAAAGGUGCCAUCCAGAUCCCCACAGUGUCUUUCAGCCCGGGGGAAUCCAACGUGACAGCGCUGGCGGAGUUUGGAGAAUACAUUUAUAAAGCCUUUCCUACAGUGUUCAAAACCGGCUUUAUCCAGCAUGAAGUCGUGGGAGAAUACAGCCACCUGUUCACUGUCCAAGGCUCGGACCCGAGCUUGCAGCCCUACAUGCUGCUGUCUCACAUUGACGUGGUGCCUGCCCCUGAGCAAGGCUGGGAGGUGCCCCCGUUCUCUGGGCUGGAGCAUGAUGGCUUCAUCUAUGGUCGAGGCACACUAGACAACAAGAACUCUGCAAUGGCAAUCCUGCAGGCGUUGGAGCUCCUGCUGAUCAGAAAUUACAUCCCCCGAAGAUCUUUCUACAUUUCUCUGGGCCAUGAUGAAGAGGUGUCAGGCACAAAUGGGGCUCAGAAGAUUUCAGCCCUGCUGCAGGCAAGGGGUGUCCAGCUCGCCUUCAUCGUGGACGAGUGUGGUUUCAUCUUGGAUGGUUUCAUUCCCAGCAUCACGAAGCCCUUUGCCUUUGUUUCAGUCUCAGAGAAGGGUUCACUUAACCUCAUCCUGCAAGUAAACAUGACUCCAGGCCACUCUUCAGCUCCUCCGAAGGAGACGAGCAUUGGCAUCCUCGCAGCUGCUGUCAGCCGACUGGAGCGCGCAACGAUGCCGAGCAUGUUUGGAAGCGAGCCAUUGAGGAUGACAUUGCAGCAACUGGCUAAUGAGUUUUCCUUCCCUACCAAUAUAAUCAUGAACAACCUGUGGCUAUUUGGGCCCUUAGUAAGAAGAUCAAUGGAAAGUGAACCUAUAACCAAUGCGCUGGUCAGGACUACCAUGGCAGUCACUAUGUUCCAAGCUGGGAUCAAGGUGAAUGUCAUCCCCGCAGUAGCCCAGGCUGUAGUCAACUUCAGGAUUCACCCUGCACAGACAGUCCGGGAGGUCCUUGAACUAGCCAAGAACAUUGUGGCUGAUGACCGGGUCCAGUUCCAUGUGUUGAACACAUUUGAUCCCAUGCCUCCCAGCCCCUAUGAUGAUCAGGCCUUGGGCUACCAGCUGAUCCGCCAGACCUUACAGUCCCUCUUCCCAGAAGUCAGCAUUGUCCCAGGUAUUUGUAUUGGCCAAACAGACAGCCGACACUAUUCAAACCUCACCAGUGGUAUCUAUCGGUUCAACCCCCUCUAUGCACAGCCUCAGGACUUCCGUAGCAUCCAUGGAAUUAAUGAGAAAAUCUCAGUCAAAGUCUACAGGACCCAGGUGAAAUUCAUCUUUGAGUUUAUCCAGAAUGCUGAUGCAGACCAGAGGCCAGUUUCUCACCUGCACGAAUUGUGAGGUCCAGGAACAGCUGGAUCAGGGGUGCCCGACUCUGGGCCGAGACUAACCCGAAGGAACAAGUCGAUGUGGAUGAAACUUUGGGUCAAAACCACACUCAAACCCUGACUGGGUAGCUCCCUUGGUAAGAGCAUCAUCCUGAGACACCAAGGUUGAGGAUUCAAUUCCUGCACACACAAGAAUCAGCCAAAGACUGUAUAAAUAAGUGGAACAACAAAUGGAUGUUUCUCUCUCUCCCCCUCCUUUCUCUACCUCUAAAAUCAAUCAAUAAACA